AUGUCUAGCAGAAGGUCAAGAUCAAAGCAAUCAAGUGGUUCGCGGAUCACAGAUGAUCAGAUCAAUGAUCUCGUUUCCAAGUUGCAACAACUUCUUCCUGAGAUUCGCGAUAGGCGUUCUGACAAGGUUUCAGCAGCGAAGGUGUUACAGGAGACGUGCAACUACAUUAGAAGCUUGCACAGAGAAGUUGAUGACUUAAGUGAAAGACUUUCUGAGCUAUUAGCAACAAGUGACACUGCUCAAGCUGCAAUAAUCAGGAGUUUACUCAACCAAUAGAAUCUUUAAUUUUUUAUCUUUCAGAUCAGAUCAAGUACUAUUAGAAAUUAAUUAA